AUGCCUCUCGCAACACAUCUCACCCUCAAUACAGGGGCCAAGAUCCCCGCCGUCGGCUUCGGCACCUGGCAGGCCAAACCUGGUGAAGUCGAAAUCGCGGUAGAGACUGCUCUCAAGACCGGCUACCGUCAUAUUGACUGCGCCGCGAUCUACCGCAACGAGGCAGAAGUCGGUGAAGGAAUCCGAAAGUCAGGUGUGCCUCGAUCUGAAAUCUUCCUUACUGGCAAAUUAUGGAACACAAAUCACGCACCUGAAGAUGUUGAGGCCGGUGUCAACAAAACGCUACACGACCUCGGUACCGACUACCUCGACUUGUUCUUGAUGCACUGGCCAGUCGCUUUCAAGAAUACUGGAAAGUGGUUUCCCCUUGAGGGCAAUGGCGUGUUUGCGCUGGCAGAUAUUGACCCAUCGGUUACAUGGGCUGCCAUGGAGGAACUCGUGACCUCUGGAAAGGUCCGCGCCAUCGGUGUCUCCAACUUCACUAUCAAUAGACUUGAGUCUCUUCUCGCAACCACCAAGACCGUGCCGGCCGUCAACCAGGUCGAGGCACACCCUUACCUCCAACAGCCGAAGCUCUUUGACUUCUGCAAGUCAAAAGGCAUCGUGCUGACCGCCUACUCUCCGCUCGGCAACAACCAGACCGGCGAGCCUCGGACAGUUGACGACCCGCUGGUUGGAGAGCUCAGCGAUAAGCUCGGCGUUGACAGGGGGCAGCUUCUCGCCGCCUGGGGCGUCCAGCGUGGAACCGUUGUGUUGCCAAAAAGUGUCACGCCGAGUCGUAUUAAGAGCAACUUUGAAGUGCGAGAACUUCCUGCUGGUGUGUUUGAGAAGCUGAACGGCUUGGAGAGGAACAAGCGAUUCAACUGGCAGACGAGGUGGGGCUUCGAUAUCUUCCAGGAAGUCGGAGAAGAGGAGGCCAAGAAAGUAGCGCAAGAGGCCGCAGAGGAGAACAAGACGAAGUUCACCGUGUAG